CGCGUUCGCGUUCGCAUUCGCAUUCGCAUUCGCAUUCGCAUUCGAUCGAUGAUUCCGACGCGACGCGACGACGCCGACGACGCGACGCCGACGACGACGCGCGCGAUGGAGGACGCGACGACCGCCGACGCGACGACCGCCGACGGACGCGACGCGACGACCGACGACGAAAUGAAUCGAACGAAUCGAUCGGUGCCGCGCGCGACGAGCGUGCGAGAAAAGAUUGCGCUCUACGACGGCGCCGACGAAGCGGCGAAGGCGCGAACGCGCGCGAACGACGAAGAAUCGUCGGUGUCGCGAGAGACGGUGGCGAAGCUGCGCGCGAGCGAUCUGGAGGAGGCGCUGACGAGGGCGUUCGACGCGUUCGGGUCGUUUGGCCGACGACGAGACGCGGAGACGCGCAUGGACGGCGCGCGGUUCGCGAAGCUGUGCAAAGAGGUGAUAUUUAAGGGCGCGGGGGACGACGCGCGGGAGGGGAAGUUGCGACGCGCGGAGAUCGCGUUCGCGCGCAGGGCGAAAUUGAAUCGGAAGAUUGAUUACGAAGAUUUUCGCGCGUUGGUGAUGGAGGAUUGCGCGAACAUCGAUCGCGGCGACGACGAGGACGGCGAGGCGGACGCGAUCGCGACGUGCGCGAAAUUGAUCGGUUGCGAACCGAGCGUGGAGUCGGCGUUGAGCCCGGGUAAAGUGCGAUUCCACGACGAGCGCGAGCGUUACACCGGGGUGCAAGCGGAGAAGCACGGUCGCGGCGCGCUCGAACGCGCGGCGUCGAGACGCGGCGAGUCGGUGGAAACGCACGCCGCUCCGGAGGAGGCCAGCCUGCCCGACGUCAAAGGAUUGUUCACCGCGUUCGAGUCGUUCUUGCAGUUUUCACCGCCGCAGUCCGCGCUGUCGUGCUCCAGGUGGGUGAAGAUUUGCGAAGACUGCGAGCUGUUCGAGGCGCACGGGCUCGAUCACCCGAGCGCGGGCAUCGUCUUCAACGCCGUCGCCACGGCGAAUCGUAAGACGCUCGACUUUGAUGCGUUCAAAACCGUUCUCCAUCUCGCCGCCCAACGCGCCGGGAGCGAAUUUUUGGUGUUCGCGCGCGCCGUCGCCGCGGGCGAGCCGCGCGUGCGCUCUGCUCUGGCCAACUCGCCGUCCUCGCCGCUCCGUUUCCACGAUGAAGUCGCCACGUACACCGCGACGCACAAGGCGACGCAUCGCGAUAAAGUAUUGUCUCCCCGAGCGCUGAGCAUUCGCAAGCGCGCGGGCAUCGCGGACGAUUAG